AUGCUUACUGUAGUUGUGAAUCCCAAUAAUUUUCAAGCUUGCCUCCAGCUUGCUGAUUUGGGAUUCAAGAUUGUUGUUACCGUCUUUGAGGCCAGCAUAGAGUUCUUGGUCUUUUAUGAGUGGGUCAAUCAGGGAGGAAUACUUUCUUUGAAGAUGUGGCAUUGUAAAAGGCCUUCAGAAGGCUUCCAGAACACUUUCUUUGAAUUGUUUGUGGUGGUGUUGGUGGCUGUUGUUGAUGGUGUCGAUAUUUAUGGUUUUGGUGGUGUUGUCGAUGGUCUUGGUAUUGGUAUUGGUAUUAGUAUUGGUGGCAUUGGUGGUAGUUCUGGUGGUCUUAGUGGUCUUGGUGUUGGUAUUAGUGGCAUUGGUGGUAGUUUUAGCGGUGUUGGUGGUAGUAUUGGUGGUCUUGGUGUUGUUGUUGGUAUCAAUGCAUUGGUGGUUAUCUUGAUGGCAUUGGUGGCGGCAUUGGUUGUGAUCCUUUUUAGAUCAUUUCCAAUGAAAAAAUGUUCCCUUAUGUGCCAGAGAUGGCUUUUAGCUGAGGGUCAAAGUCAUCAUCGUCUUGCCCUCAAUGGUAAAGUUGAGAUUCUUCCUCACGUUCUUGCUAUUUUAUCUCGUUUUGAUUUUGUUAUCAAACAUGAUCUUCGAUGUGACAGUAUAUCAGUGAGUAUAGAUGAUGAAACCUUGACACUUAUAUCCUUUCAUUAUUCUAGUCUUAUUUGCUUAAAGCUUUGUGGUUGUCAUGAUGUUACCAAUGUGGGUAUGUCUGCUUUUGCAAAAAAUUAUAGGAGUUUGAAGAAAUUCUCUUGUGGGUCUUGUAUGUUUGGAGCUAAAUGUAUAAAUGCUUUGCUUGAUGAUUGUUCUUCUCUUGAAAAAUUCUCUAUUAAGCGUCUUCGAGGUAUCAAUGAUGGGUUUCCAGUUGACCUGAUUAGGCCAGGAGCUGCGGCUUCAUCGCUUAAAUCUUUAUGUUUGAAAGCAUUGUAUAAAAGACAAUGUUUUUCACUUUUGAUUAUUGGGUCUAAGAAUUUUAAGACAUUAAAGUUGUUGAGGUGUUUAGGUGAUUGGGAUUGUCUUUUUGAGUCAAUCGGUAGUAUGGAAAAUCAUGUUACUGAAAUUCAUUUGGAGAGGCUUCAAGUUAGUGAUGCUGGACUUAAUGCAAUAUCGAAUUGUCCAAAGUUGGAGAUUCUACAUUUGGUUAUGGUGGAAAAAGGCAAGUUGGUGGACGAUGUGGCAGGGUGGUGGUGGACGGUGGGAGGUAGGGAGGGUGCUGGAAUGAAGAUGGUGAGAAGUAGGUACAGGGAUGCUAGGGAUGUUAAGCCAACAUCUAAUGUGGGAGUCUAA